AUGGACCUGGCUAAGGCGCAUCCGAUCAACAAGAUCCCCGAGCGUCUCGCAUAUCUCUUCCUGAACAAGUCAACGCUCCAUUGUGGAAUAGUUGUCUUGCUGGGACCAUCACUGGAAGUCAUUGGCGAUCCUGAUUUCCUUCUCGACCGAGAAAACCUUUGGAGUAUCAUAGGAGAAUAG